AUGGCGCUGCCCGCGGCGGAUGUCAAGUUCCUUCUGAGCAUUGCGCAGCGCAUGGGGGAGCGCCAUCUUCAUGUUUAUGUGCCCGGCGCCCGCCGCUCCGCCAUCGCCAUCGUCCUGCGGUUCGGUGAUGCGGAGCAGCAGCGCGCUGCCCACCGCCUGCUCGCGUGUCGUGACGCCGGCCUUUCUUCCCUGCAGCUGCUGCAGCCCCUCACGAGUGCCGCCAAUACGGCGGUGCCAUCCUCGCUUUGCAUACUGUUUGUCCGACGGGCGGAUUUGGCGGCCGACCGGUGGAGCGGCAACGUGACGUUUCCCGGGGGCCGACGCGAUGCUGGCGACGCGAGUGACUUGCGUGCUGUUCAGCGGGAGGUGGGUCAAAUGCUUGGAAUUCCACUGCACUCCAAGGAGUUUAUUCUCCUGGGGCGUCUCCGCGACUAUCCCAUCCGCAGUCGCCACGUUCAGGCGGUGAGGGCCGUGCAGUCCCGAUUUGUCUUUCUGCACACUGGGGACAUGACACCAACGGUGCGUUUCGCUCGUCACGAAGUAGAUGCUGUGCAGUGGGUGCCCAUAAAUGCCUUGACGGUGGAGCAUGUUGAUGAGGGAUCGCUCUGCCACCCAAUAGGCUGUUUUGUGCACGCAUCCAAUGCAGACGCGAGACUCCUGCUGGCAGAAGUUUUCUCACAUACUCACUUGGCUUUUCCAAGCGUGCAGCUCCCCGGACAGUGGCGUGUGUGGGGGCUGGCACUGCGUUCCGCCAGCGAGUUGUUGUCUCUGGACGACAGGGCCUCCAUCGACUGGCCACUGGUGUCAUCCAAUAAUCUGUGGCUGCAACACCUUAUCAUUGACGCAUUCCACGGCUACUACGAGGCUCUCUACACUUUUUACCGCGUGAGGGCACGAGUGCGAUUUACCGAUACAGCAGUGAAAACAAAGUACAUGGUUCUUCCACCCACCGCUGACUCUAUCUUGUGGGGAGUUCCAGAGCGCGUCGUGUUACGCCAUUUCUUCUUUUUUUGUUUUGAUGUGGCACUGUUGUUUUUCGCCAUUUAUUUUGUUGCGGCUAUGAUUUUCACGGCAUCCAUCGUAUUCCGCACGGCGCUUGGCUGGAUAGACGUUGAUGGAGGUAAAGAAAGAUCAACUGCCUAUUACGCAGAGAAUGCACACUCCCUUGUUGACAGUAUGCAGAUGAUGCAUCAGCGAAGGGGUGGAAGGGUGAAUGAUGCCGCGGCGAUACGACGGAAUACGACGCUGCCGUCCAUGGAGUCGACGGGACCUUCGCCCCCUUCUCCCCACCCUACGACGGUGCCUCUGGAGGACGGCGACUUGAUGACGGAGACCGCAACAGCUGACGGUGAAACGGAACACCGUGUCCUGGGUUCUGACAUUGGCAGCUCUGACGAGAGAGGCAAAAGCGAUGGCGGUGAGCCGCUUCCUUCUUCGUUGUUGAACACAGAUGACCGGGAUGCGUUUCGACACACCGUGGAGGCAGUGGAGGAGAGAAAAUCAUGCCGCUGA